GAGAGAGAGAGAGAGAGCGCGUCACUUUUCUGUUACAGCCUUUGGAAACAGCCACUCAUGUGAUCUGACAUCCAGCAAGGAUAUUUUAGAAGAAAUUAAAGAGUCCUUUUGUCUGCAGGAUUCUUUAAAAAGAACCAGCCUUCAUUACGUCAUAAAAGCGCACUGACCGGCGCGUGGUGUCGGCACGCGCGCCUGCAGCCCGCAGACCGGGCACACAGACUCCCGUCAGAAACCCGCCGAACAGGACGAAUAGAUUGUGCAAGAAAACCGAAAAAGAUAUGGAGCUUUGAGAAUCAGAAGCUUUAGGGGAGGUUUAGUUCGGUUUUGUCCGACAGAGAAGUCACAGAUUGAACCAAAACUUCAGGAUGACAGUCAAACUGGACUUUGAGGAGUGUUUGAAAGACUCCCCUCGCUUCAGAGCUGAGAUCGAAGAGGUCCAGUGUGAUGUGAGCGAAUUGGAGACACGGUUAGAAAAGUUGGUGAAACAAUGCCAGGCCAUGCUGGAUGCAGGCAGAGUCUACUGCCAGACCAGCAGGAGCUUCGUCAAUGGGCUCAAGGAGCUGGGACACCACUGUUCACAGGACAGCAUGAUGGAGGAGUGUCUGGUGAUAUUUUCUGAAAAGCUCGAGGCCAUCUUGGAUGCCCAGGGGGAAGUGAUUGAAACCACACAGAAGUCGGUCAAGUUGAAGCUGCAGAGUUUUGUGAAAGAGGAUGUUCGGCGGUUUAAAGAUGUCCGUAAGGAGUUUGAGCGAAACAGCGAGUGCCUUGAAGGGGCGCUGGCGAAGAACGCUCAGGCUCCACGGGGGAAGCAGCAUGAAGUUGAGGAGGCGAGUCACGCAUUGCUCAAUGCGCGCAAGGCCUUCCGGUCUGGAGCACUGGACUACGUCCUCGAGAUUAAUGUCAUUGAGGCCAAAAAGAAGAACGACAUUCUGAAUGCGGUGCUAUCACUGAUGGAGGCCCAGGCACAGUUCUUCCAACAGGGUCACGAGUCCCUGUCCAAUGUGGACGAGUAUCGACGUACGCUAAGUGAAGAACACACCCAGCUUGUCCUGAAUUCUGCCAGAGAGAAGAGGGACAUGGAGCAAAGACAUGCAGCAAUCAAGAAAAAGGACAUGUCCUACGAUGACUCCAUUAUGGACUUUAAUGCUGAUGCGGCGAAUGGGAUCGCAAUGGAGGGCUAUCUAUAUAAAAGAGCAAGCAAUGCCUUUAAGACCUGGAGCAGGCGCUGGUUUUCAAUUAAACAUAAUCAACUCGUGUACCAGAAGAAGUACAAGGACGUGCCAACAGUUGUGGUAGAAGACCUACGUCUUUGCACGGUCAAGCCCAGCAGUGAGAAUGAGAGGCGGUUCUGCUUUGAAGUGGUUUCCCCAUCAAAGUGCUGUUUAUUGCAGGCGGACUCGGAGAGGCAGCAGCUGGGGUGGAUCAGCGCCGUCCAAAACAGCAUCGCCUCAGCCUUCCAGGAGCACAGAGAAGACCCGCACAGUCCGAGGCGGCGCUGCAGCUCUGCAUCAGCGGGCAGCACUGGAGUAGGAGGAGUGGGUGGCCUGGAUCAGGAGAACACAAACCGCAAGGCGCUGGAGGAGGUUCAGGCCAUCACAGGGAACAGGCAGUGCUGCGACUGUGGAGAGCCGGGUCCCGACUGGGCCUCCAUCAACCUGGGUAUCACCCUUUGUAUCGUCUGCUCCGGGAUACACAGGAGCCUGGGAGUCCAUUUCUCCAAAGUUCGCUCCCUCACUCUUGACUCCUGGGAGCCGGAGCUCAUUAAGCUGAUGUGUGAAUUAGGAAACACAGUAAUCAACAGGAUCUAUGAGGCUCGAAUUGAUGAGAUCACCAUCAAGAAGCCCAGCGCCUCCAGUCCAAGAGGAGACAAGGAGUCGUGGAUCCAAUCAAAGUAUGUGGAGAAGAAAUUUAUCCAAAAGCUGCCUGAAACUGGGCGGAAUCCCGUCCUGAGGCGAUCCAGCGCCCGGAGGAACAGGACAAGCACGCAGGAUCGGACAGCACAGAGACCGCCAAUCAAGCCCAAACCGAACCGAGCCACUCUGCCUCGUGUCACAGGACUGAACCCCUCAGACAUUUUGCAAAAGAACAACACGGGCAGCCACAAAGAUGCUGAGGAGGAAGAGGAGGAUCUGAGUGGUCUUCAUCCCGGAGCGCUACUCUACCGCUCGGCGGCACUACAGAACUUCCCUGUCAUGGCUGACGCCUUGGCUCAUGGAGCUGAUGUUAACUGGGUCAAUGUGGCCGAGGACUCCAGCACACCCCUGAUACAGGCAGUCUCAGCGAAUGCUUUGGCAGCCUGCGAGUUCCUGCUUCAGAAUGGUGCCCAUGUCAACCAGGCAGACAUCAAUGGCAGAGGACCACUGCACCACGCCACCAUCCUGGGUCACACAGGGUUGGUGUGUCUCUUCUUGAAGCGAGGUGCAGAUUACAAUGCCAAAGACAAGAACCAGAAAGAUCCCAUAAGUAUCGCUGUGGACAACGCCAAUGCUGACAUCGUUACUUUGCUACGAAUUGCCAAAAUGAACAAGGAGAUGCGGGAGAUGGACGAAGGUUUUGGACAAUCAGGUGACGAAACCUACCACGACAUCUUCAGAGACUUUUCACACAUGGCCUCAAAUAACCCCGAAAAGCUGAAACGCCGCAGUGCGGAUCCAAAAACCUAAGCGGUAUCAGCUCACAAGCACGCAGACUCGCACUUCCCCGCCUGGCCACCUGCCACGUGUUCAGUCAGAACUCAGCUGGCGUUAACUUCAGAAAGGCCGGCCACUCCAAACAUUGCAUUCUUUGUGCUAACACAGCGCGCCAGAACAAUUGUGUCCAAGUGGAAACACCGGAUCAGCUUUUGUAAGACCAGCGGGAGGCGGUUUUAUGUGUAGCGGACUCGCUCUGCCAAGAUUUCCUGAUUAAAUCUGUUUUUAAGCAUAGUGACAUUUUUGCGCCAAUUCUAUGUACAUAUUCAAGUAUAAACAGAAACAUGCUGCAAACAGGUGACUUAUGUGAAAUGCUCAUUUCUAUUUGGUUUAAGCUACGUGAGGUACUUAUUGUAUCAUUAUCAAAUAAAACAGAGAAC